AUGAGGAGGUCAAAGAGGAAGAUCUCCCUCCUCCUCCUCCUCUCCUUCAGAGAAGUGUAUGGAGGCCGGAGACGAAGCACUCGUACCCGACGACCCCCGCCCUUUGCGGCCCCCGACGACCCCCGCCCUUCGCGGCCCCCGACGACCCACGCCCUUCGCGGCCCCCGACGACCACCGCCCUUCGCGGCCCCCGACGACCCCCGCCCUUCGCGGCCCCCGACGACCCCCGCCCUUCGCGGCCCCCGACGACCCCCGCCCUUCGCGGCCCCCGACGACCCCCGCCCUUCGCGGCCCCCGACGACCCCCGCCCUUCGCGGCCCCCGACGACCCCCGCCCUUCGCGGCCCCCGACGACCCCCGCCCUUCGCUGCCUCGCCCAGACAGUAAGGUUGACCUCCACCUGAUAAUUUCACGCACACUGAGUGUCGUGACGCUGCUGGGAGACGUAAUAUGUGGCCCCAUAUCUUAA